AUGCCGGAAGCCCCAGAGACCCAGACAGACCCAGCAGGACCCCCCCCCAAAGAAAAAACAGUCCACACACACAGGUCUCCUCACGGCGUGGCGUCCGAAGGCGAGAGACCUUCAAGCCUCUCUGAAGGUUGGUGUGGGCUGCUGGCGGUCCGGCCCGGCGACUGUUUUCAGUUUUCUUCGUCCAGGUCUCCUCACGGCGCGGCGUCCGAAGGCGAGAGACCUUCAAGCCUCUCUGAAGGCUGGUGUGGGCUGCUGGCGGCCCGGCCCGGCGACUGUUUUCAGUUUUCUUCGUCCAGGUCUCCUCACGGCGCGGCGUCCCAAGGCGAGAGACCUUCAACUCUCUCUCUGAAGGUUGGUGUGGGUCUUCUGGCGGCCCGGCCCGGCGACUGUCUUCAGUUCCUUUCGUCUCCUCGCGGCGUCCCAAGGCGAGAGACCUUCAACUUUCUCUCCGAAGGCUGGUGUGUGCGGACCGGCCUGGCGACUGUUUUCGUCUGUUUUCAGUUCCUUUUGCUGACCGUGCCUGCCGUCAGCUGCGCAAUAUCCACGUGCGCCCUGAAGCGGCUUCUCGAGCAGAUGACCUUGGCCCAUCUCGGGCUCGCAAGUUGCACACGUUGGUGUGUGCUGCUGUCGGCCCGGCCCGUCGGCUGUCUUCAGUUCCUUUCGUCCAGGUCUCCUCACGGCGCGGCGUCCGAAGGUUGGUGUGGGCUGCUGGCGGCCCGGCCCGGCGACUGUUUUCAGUUUUCUUCGUCCAGGUCUCCUCACGGCGCGGCGUCCGAAGGCGAAAGACCUUCAAGCCUCUCUGAAGGUUGGUGUGGGCUGCUGGCGGCCCGGCCCGGCGACUGUUUUCAGUUUUCUUCGUCCAGGUCUCCUCACGGCGCGGCGUCCGAAGAGACCUUCAAGCCUCUCUGA